AUCGCCCAUUUCGGUUGAUGAAGAGAUGCGCCCUCACCCUCUGCCCUCCUGAGACCCGGAGCUUGAGCCCCCCGAGGCAGUUGGCGACGCUCCACCCGUCUUGGUGCAAAAUGCUGAAUUGGAGCAAGGACCUUACCAGAUUUUUUUUUGCAUUAAGACUGCAUUGUAAAUUGACAAAUGCAAAUUGACAAUUGCUGCUUGUAGCAGCCUGGGUUUUGCUUGCACUGUUGUCAGUUGCUUGGAAUUAGACUUCAUUUUUGUGUUGGAAAAUGUGGAUAUUCUCAUUUCACUGCGUGUUCAGUUAGGACAUUGGAUUUUCGUUCAUGUUUCAGGUCUUGUAACAAAUUGCAAAGCGAAGCCUUCAACGUUUGAAACCGUUUAGUAUGGUUUGAGGGCGUUUUGAAAUGUUGUAAAACGGAUGCCCUUAUUCAAGAAAUGUGACAAGCAGUUUGUGAAAGGAUUCUUCCACAACAACAAUGUGAUACUGAUCAGGUUAAAUGGCCGAGGAUACAAAGAGACGUGAGGGCCCCAUCAAGAUCAACAUGGGCUAAUCAGACUGAUUGACCUAUCCCUGCAGUGGAUGAUGUAAUUCCCUGUCAAGUGAUCAUAAGGCACGUGGUUAUAACUGGCAAGACAAGCAUUUGACCAUCCCUGAUUUCCCUUGAACUUCGCUGUCUGGCCAUUUCAAACUGUGGUUAACAGUCCAUCUCAAUCCUGUGAGUCGAGAGUCACUGGUAGGCUAGACAAGGUAAUCUGCUCACUUUGGGUUUCUCAGUUUUGAAGCAAGUGCUUUCAUUGGAUAGAAGUUAACAGCAGUUAACAACUGCCAGCAAUUAAAUGUCCUGCAUGGGAAAAUUGGGCAAUUGGAUUGGAUACUGUGAAAACCAAGUGCAUCUUGAAGAUCAAAUUCUGCCCCCGCACCUUCAACUCUCAAAUACUGAAACAAAAGGAUCAGUGAACUCCAGCUAUGUCUUACGUGGAGAGUGGACAGUUUGUGGAUUGGGACAAAAUUACUGACCUGGAGAAAGAUAGUCCUGUGGUCCUGUCCCGCAUAGAUAGCAACUUGUUAAAGCAGUACGCCAGACAAGGUUAUUGGGCGAAGAGCCACUCUCUCAGAACAAAAAUCUAUGAACAAAUUAUCAAAGCUGUCUCAUGCAGGACAGUGACUCCUGAUGCUGAGGUGUACAAGGAUAUUGUUGGAAAGAUCACAGGAAAAAGAAAUGCCUCCACUCUGCCACUGCCAGAAUUUGUGGAUGGUAGUGCAGUGCCAGACUAUUGUCUGAACACAGACGGAGUUGUUGCAGUUAGGAAGAUUGUGGUUUGUAUUUCCAACCAGUUUCCAGACAUCUCUUUCUGUCCUGUGCUGCCAGCCAUUGUAGCACUGUUGCUACAUUACAGUACUGAUGAAGCAGACUGCUUUGAGAAAGUGUGCCGGCUCUUGGCUUGUAAUGACCGUACGAAACACUUCAUAGAUCAAACUUUCUUGGCCUAUGAGUCCUCUUGCAUGACCUUUGGAGACCUAGCCAACAAAUACUGCCAAGGUGCCCACAAGCUGAUAGUGAGUGCUUCAGAGGAUGUCCUGGAGGUUUACUCCGAUUGGCUGCGAUGGAUUUUUGGAGACCUGCCCUUUAACUACGCAGCCCGCGUGUUGGAUAUCUUCUUUGUCGAAGGAUUUAAAGUACUUUACAGGGUAGCACUGGCUCUCCUCAAGUUUUUCCGAAAAGUCAGAAUCAGACAGUCUGAAAAAUCUGCUGACAUUCGAACUGAUAUACAGAACUUCAUUCAAGGAAUUGCUGAGCACGUCCCAGUUGAAAAGCUGUUGGAUAAAGCGUUUUCUAUUCGCCUAUUCUCAAGGAAGGAGAUCCGUUUACUUCGAGAUGCCAAUGAAAAAGCACUGAAGCAAAAAGGCAUCACUGUAAAUCAGAAGAGACGAAGACACAAUGUUCAUCUAGCAGUAAAUGUUGAAAAUUUCAAAUCUGAAAUUGUCAGUGCAAAGGAGAUGAGAGAAAUUUGGUCCUGGAUCCCAGAACGAUUUGCCCUUUGCCAACCAAUGUUGAUUUUCACUACUUCAGACGAUGGUUAUAGCCUGACUAGAUUUUAUGCCCGCUGCGAGGGCUAUGAACCAACCAUCAUUCUCAUCAAAACAACUGAGGCUGAGGUUUGUGGUGCUUACCUGUCAACAGAUUGGAGAGAACGGAGGCGAGGAGGAAACAAGCUAAGUUAUUUUGGCACAGGGGAAUGUUUUGUGUUUAAGCUACAACCCGAAAUGGAAAGAUAUGAAUGGAUUAUCAUUAAACAUCCAGAAAUGGAAGCUUCUAAAAGCCUUCUGGAUGCUUGCCCAGAGUCACCACAGCAGUCUGGUUUCUUGGAUACAGAAAUCCCCCAGGAGCAGAGUCUACUUAAUUCACCUGAGGAACUCUCAGACAGAUUAUCGCCCUUUCUCGCCACACGUCAUUUCAAUUUGCCGUCGAAAGCUACUUCAAUGUUCAUGGCUGGAAGUGCAGAAUCCAUUAUAGUUGGUGAGCAAAAUUGUGUCUAUUAUAUGUAA